AAUCACGUUUCUCAGAGAUUUCCUAUUCUCUCCUCGUCGUUCUCGUCGUCGUCGCCGUCCUCCAAGGAUGGCCUCAAUGCUGCUGCGCUCAGCAACCCGCUCUUCGAAACUCUCUAGAUGUCUAUUUCGCUCUCUCUCUACGUCGACCACUCGCUAUGCCUCAGCAUCUGAACCAGCCGAUUCCGCUCAAACCCGAGGCGCCAAAAACGUCUUCGAGUACCACACCGUCGAAGACCUUCAUGGCUUGACAACAACUGAAAUCCUUGCAGAAACCGGUACACGGCACGACACGAAGAUGCGUCAUUUCACGGUCAAUUUCGGUCCUCAACAUCCGGCUGCACAUGGAGUGCUUCGUCUCAUCCUCGAAUUGAACGGAGAGGAAAUUCUUCGCGCUGAUCCUCAUGUUGGCCUCUUACAUAGAGGCACAGAGAAGCUGAUAGAAUACAAGACUUAUCUGCAAGCUUUACCCUACUUUGACCGUUUGGAUUAUGUCUCCAUGAUGACAAAUGAAUUAUGCUACAGUCGUGCCGUCGAAAAGCUGCUCAAUAUCGAAGUCCCCGACCGCGCGAAAUGGAUUCGAACCCUCUUCGGUGAAAUAACCCGUAUCCUCAACCACCUCAUGGCUGUUCUGACUCAUGCCAUGGACGUUGGUGCUCUUACACCUUUCCUUUGGGGUUUCGAAGAACGUGAAAAACUCAUGGAGUUCUACGAACGCGUCUCUGGUGCCCGCCUGCAUGCCGCCUACGUUCGUCCCGGUGGUGUCGCGUUCGAUCUCCCUCAUGGGCUGCUGGAUGACAUCUUCAAUUGGGCAACCCAAUUCGGCUCACGUGUCGACGAAAUUGAGGAGGUUGUAACUGGGAACAGAAUAUGGAAAGAACGAACAGUCGGUGUAGGGGUCGUAAGCAAGGACGACGCUCUGAAUUACAGCUUUAGCGGCGUCAUGUUGAGAGGGAGCGGGAUCAAAUGGGAUUUAAGGAAGGUGGCGCCUUAUGAUAUGUACGACCAGGUCGAAUUUGACGUCCCCGUCGGUCAAUUUGGGGACUGUUAUGACCGGUAUAUGUGUCGUGUGCAAGAGAUGCGAGAAUCGUUAAGAAUCAUUUCUCAAUGUCUGAACAAAAUCACUCCUGGCGCCAUCAAGGUUGACGACCAUAAACUUGUCCCGCCCCCUCGUGCCUCAAUGAAAGAAUCCAUGGAGUCGCUUAUACACCAUUUCAAAAUCUUCAGUGAAGGGUACUCGGUUCCACCUGGUGAAACCUACUCUGCAAUCGAAGCGCCGAAAGGAGAGAUGGGUGUUUACCUCGUUUCCGAUGGCACAAACCGCCCUUACCGCUGUUCUAUCCGUGCUCCUGGGUUCGCUCACUUGGCUGCUGCUGAUUUCAUGAUGAGAAAUCACAUGAUUGCGGAUGUAGUGGCUAUUAUUGGUACUAUGGAUCUCGUGUUUGGGGAAGUCGACCGGUAGUAGUACUAGAUUGUAUCUAGGACCGUGCGUUUGAUAAGAAAGACGGAACGGAUGAGGGUCGAAGUACGAUAAUUGUCUGUAAUUUUCACUGAUACUAUGUUUUUCUUCUUUGCUUGCACAUAGUGCCGUCGAAUGGAAACUUCCACCCUCAAGCUCACGAAAACCAGAC